GCGAGUCUUGGUGGCCGAGUCAAAGAGUCGAGUCGGAGCCGGUAGCCGGUAUCCCUUGACAACCGAUUGUUGUUGUGUUGCGUCACGCCCUCAAGUUGAGCUUCGCAUCAGCACGAACCACAUUUGCCAGCAAACGUGCAUUCUUCACGUACCCAAUCGCGGACAUCCCGGUCCAACCACAUAUCGUCUACGUCUUACCGGCACCGUCAGUCUCAGACCGUCAAGGCCACUAUGGCAAGGCGGUCGUCUGCUCGCUUGCGCAGCAGAAACUCUUCCACCCCGAAGCGAGUGUCACUAUCUCAUGAUGCGACUACCGCUCAUACUCCGCGCACUGUCCCAACUAAGCUCACCUCUGUUGAGGAGCAUGAUGAGAUGCCUGGCGCCUUCCCGCGUUCUCUCUCGCCGCCCGCAGAUGGCACUCCAACAAGGCCAGCGAAGCGGCUCGCGACCAGAGUUGCAGUCACACCGAAGGAUGUAACCCCAGUCAAGCCAAGCGACGAGGAGAUGCACCCACAAAAGCAUCAUAACACAACUGCUAAAGUGCUGGACGAAGCACGCCAUCUCGGAUUCAUGCAUAUGGCUCCGCACACCGCGCCUCCGAAGCAACAACACAGCCGUAUCGCCACGCUACAAGCGACACCGUCCAGGACCAACGUUCAGAGUGCGAAUGAGGCUCAGACGCCAACGUUCCAGUUCACCUUCCGUCGAGAGCACUCGCUAGAGCUUAGUCCAGAAGCAAAGCAGCUCAUGGAGGAGAAGCGUGAGGAAGCCGCCCGCAUCAGGCAACAGAUGCUGGCCGGCAAGGAAGCCGCGGAGAAGGAUGUGGAAGCAUCAGAUCGCAAGAUUGCAGCAGCGAAGGGCAAGAAGGGCAGGUUCAGCGAGGCCCAUAAUGCUGAGUUUGAAAAGAUGGAUUCUAUCGCAAGCCACGCUUCAGCACUCAGGGCCACCGCAGCUCCGGCCACAACUAUCCCCACGCCGAAACCGCAGCUUAGCCGUGGAGGUGCGGUCACCAAGUCACUCAAGCGUAGCCCAUCGAAGGCACGUCUGGACGAGCCGAUCUCGAAGGUCUCCACGGCAGCGCAGCAAAGCCCCUCGAAAGCUGCACUCAUUCCAUCAACGAGCGGUCUCCCUCGUCCUGCGUCAUCCCAUAUCCUCACGUCCGGCACGGAUACCGAACCGUCCUCACCAUCAAAGCGUCACAAGCGAACAGCAGUCGAUGAUUAUGUUUCAGCGGCACGUCAGCACUCUAGCGAAGACAAGGAGCCUGAUCCGGCCACGCCGAAGCAACCACAGGCGCUGCAUUGCCAAAGAAGCAACCCGCAUGUUUCGACUGUCACCACUCCAACACAAGCAUUGCUGAGUCGUGCUGUAAGUGUCAAGUCGACCUCGAAGAUACCGGCUUCGGCGUUGGUCGCUUCUCCUCCAAAGCCAUCUACGCCAGCAACACAGAAGCUGAAGGAAGUCGACAGCUCUGUUCCACUGCUUGCUCGGUCGCCGUCCAAGGCUACACUCUUCGCAGAAGCCAAUGUGGAGAAGGCUACUACGGAUCAGGCGCCGUUCUUCAGAUGGUCUCCGCUCAAGCCUUCGCCGCGGAAGCAGCAGGCUGAGUUGACUGACGAAUCAUUGGCAUCACGGAGCUCAGAAACGCCGCUUCUAGCACGUUUACCGCUCAAGUCAUCGACAGCUAAGAGCGUCAACGUAGACGCUGAGAGCGAGCAACAACCAUCGGUCCUGUUGCUCGCACGGUCUCCAUCUAAGAUUGCUUUGCCGACAAACCCGACUACCACUCAAGUCUCUACUUCGCCAGGCAAGUCGCUUGGCAUGGGCAUCAUGGGUCGCUUCAACCUUCUUCGCGCUUCUCCGAUGAAGUCCAUCUUGCGCUCCCCGCAUCGCCUUUACUCCGAUGAUCCGGCGAAGGUAGCGGCAGGCACGCAUUUCGCAACGCCACCAAAAAGCAAAGUUAUUGAAAGCACAGUCCAUGACAGCCACGCUGUAACUACUGCUACAGGGCAUAAGCGCGUUGACUUCACCUCUUCCACUAAAGAGCGCUGGGAAGCGGGCCAAAAGGCCCAGCAGGAAGCUUCUAGCACACCUUCUAAAACUCCAUCGCCUUCGCCUGCCGACAGCGCCAAGAUCGCAGAUAAGGACAAGAUGCAGGUUAACUACCCAUCUCUACCAAACAGUCUCGACCCUGUCUCGCCCUCUCCGCAAAAGCGUCGUCAGACCAUUGCACCUGGCGAGUUCACAUUCCGCGCGGAUGACCACGGCGUUGUCUUUGGUCCAGGUGCUCCGUCAGAGUUAGCCAAGGGCAAGCGGCCGUCGACUAUUCGUCACGUCUCCUCUGACUUCGUCAACCUCACCUCGCAGCCCGUCCAAGGCAGCAAGAAGCGCAAGUUCGAAUUCGAGAAUGAGGAAGCAGCAGUUCAGUCUGCUACUGCUAUCCCCGAAGUAGGCAAAGAGAACGCUGAGCCAGUAGGCACGUCGACCGAAGUUGAGGAGCGGCCUACGAAGCGUACAAAGGCGAACCCAGCUGAGCCGACGCCGUCACCCACCAAGUCUAGUGUUGCCCGUCGGACUACACUGGGGGUGAAGCCGAAGGGCGCUAAGACCUUGGCGCCUCCUAAGGAUAAGAAGCCAGCUACGAUCAGCCAGGCGAGGCUGAACGCUUUGGCUAUGCCGAAGAAGAGAGGUUGAAUGGUUAGCGUGGUCGCGUUGUGGUGAUUCAUGGUGGAGGUCGCACUCAGAUUCACGGGGUUACGCAGAAUCCGACGAAAUGAGUCCGAAAGGUUCGGUUCGCAAUGCAAGUUCUAUCUCAUUCCGUCGGUCGAGCAGAGUUGGUUCUCGUGUUCAAAAUCAGUAGUCACGCCUGAGCUAUGGCGUUAGGGCGACGUAGUCCGCCGACUUCCAGAAUCAUUGGUCUCAACAAAAGGCCCAAGGAGCAGCUGUAUGACAAUGUAACAUAGCGUUACUGUUGACAAGGAAUGGACAGUGUGUCACGUAAGAAGUGCUCUACCG